AUGACAGAAGAAAACAACAUUGACAGUCAACCUCAAAAUGGCCAAACACAACAAUCUUUAAAUGGUGGGCUGAAAAGAAAGAAUGAGAAUGGGGCUGAGGAACAGAAGAUCGAGGCUGGUAUUAAAAGAGUCGCUUUAAAUGAUGACAAUUCUUCCCCAGUGUCUACUACAUCAAUAUCUAGGCAACAAUUUGAUACCGAAUCUCAAGAAACUGAUACAACUAACUUAAAUGGUAAGAACAAUUUAAAUGUUCCAAUUGAUAAUAAAGAGGAUAACAAUACUACCACUAAUAAUACUAAUGUUACCUAUAAUAAUGAUUAUGUCUAUUUAAGAAUGUUAUGUCUAGUGAAGGACGCCUCCGUAAUUGUUGGUCCUAAAGGUGAAACUAUUAACAACAUUAAAAGAGACACUCUUACAAAGAUUAAUGUCUCUACUAAUCUUAGAGAUGUUCCAGAGAGAGUCUUAUUCGUAAGAGGUUCUUGUGAGAACGUUUCAAAGGCUUAUUAUCUUAUCUGUAAAUAUUUAAUUGAUCAUAAAACAAAAAAAAAUUAUUCUCCUGAGUCUACUCCAGUGAAUGAGCAAGAAGGUCAUACUGGUAGUGCUCCAGAAAAUAAGGAUAAUCAAAAACAACAAAAUAUUGAAAGUUUUGAUCAUGAUCAAUUACCCAGUCCUGCUGCUUCAAAACAAUCCUCUCAAGAAAAUUUGUCCACCACUGUGGAAGGAAGUGAUAACCAAAACUCUACUAUUACUGUAAAUUUAUUGAUUCCACAUUAUUUAAUGGGUUAUGUCAUCGGAAAGAACGGUUCUGUAUUGAAAGAGAUCGAAGGAGAAAGUUCAGUAAAACUACAAGCAUCUCCACAUCGUUUGUUACCAUCUACAGACAGAAUAUUACGUGUAACAGGCUCACCAACCUCCAUCAGUAUUGCAACACUUACUGUAGCACGUAUAAUUAAUGCACAUAAAGAUAAAUUAAAAAAUAAAAAGACCAUCCCCUAUCAACCUGGUCUGAUGCACUGUGUACUAGGGAAAUUCCCAUUCAUAUUUCAUCCAAGAAUGAGCAACAUGACAAAUUCAAACAACAAUAGCAACAACAAUAACAAUAAUAACACUGUACUAAUGACAGCUUCCUCAUCUUCCUCUUUGCCGUAUCAAAUGCCCCAACCUAUUAUGGGUCCUGUCAGAUAUCAUAAUAGUAAUAGCAUGGAAUCAAAUUAUGAACACCACAACAGUAAAGGUGUCCCAAAUAUACCAAUGGUAAUGCUGAUACCGUCAAUAGACCCACAAGGCGCAGCUGCUACCAUGAUACCACCUCAAGGGUAUAUGAACUUACCAACUACAAUGGAGUCCAAUAUUGUAUAUACAGUUGAGGCCGCUGCUAAUGCAACCACUUUUGUUCCAAACAUGACUUUACCCAAUGUUAGACUUGUAGAUAAAACUAUUCCAACACAACCAAUGGCUAUCACAAAACAAAGUCUAUAUAUUGAUGAAAAUUUUGUUGGUAAUGUUAUCGGUAAAGAAGGUAAGCAUAUUAAUUCUAUCAAAGAUACUACUGGUUGUUCGGUGAUAAUUGCUGAUCCUGUGGAAAAUUCUGAGGAACGUAAAUUAACUAUUGAAGGUACAUAUAUGGGUGUGCAAGCAGCUAUCAUGUUAAUUAGUAACAAGAUUGAAAUGGAUAAAUUUAACCAAAAUAAAACAAAAUGA